GGAUGGCGGAGGGCGGCGCGCGGCGGCUGCGGCCGUGGCUGCUGGCGCAGCUGGAGAGCGGCCGCUUCCGCGGGCUCGAGUGGGACGACGAGGCGCGCUCGGCCCUCAGGGUGCCCUGGGCACACGGCAGGAGGGGCGGCAGCAAGGGCGGGGCCGGAGCCGCGCUCUGCAAGGCGUGGGCGGAGUACAAGGGGCGGGUGCGGCCCGGGGACCCCCCGGACCCCGCGGGGUGGAAGACGCGGCUCCGCUGCGCCCUCGCGCGAUGCCCCGAGUUCGUGGAGGUGCCCCCGCGGGGCCGCCGCGACGGGCCCUGCCCCUACCGCGUGUACAGACUGCUGCCCCCCAGGGAGUCAAAGCCCCCAAGGCCCCGCCCGGAGCUGCCGCCCCUGCAGAUCGUGGUGGAGAGCCCGGAGCCCCUCCCCCCAGCACAGGGUGACUUCGCGCUGCUGCUGCGCCUGCGCCGCGGGGCCCUCGAGCUCCACCAGGGGGCGCUGCCGCCCGGCGAGUACCUGCUGAGUCCUCCGGGCCGCCAGGGGGCGCCGCCGCCGCCGGGGGCGCUGCCGCGGGUGGUGCUGCCGGAAGGGGCGGGGCUUGGCCGGGGCUUCCUGCUCAGCAGCGCCCCCCGCGGGCUCUUCCUGCGCGCCCGGCCUGGGGCGCCCCCUGGCGGAACCCUCCGCGGGCCCCACGUGACCGCCGGGCCCGUCCAGCAGGGGGCGCUGCUGCAGCCCUUCGAUGGGCGGCGCUUCCGGCACGGUGAGGGGCGGGGCCUAACCGGGGGGUGGGGCUACGGCACUUCCGGGAUGAGUGAGGGGGCGGGGCUUAACGGGGGGUGGGGCUACGGCACUUCCGGGAUGAGUGAGGGGCGGGGCUUAACCGGGGUGGGGCUACGGCACUUCCGGGAUGAGUGA